AUGGUCCACCUCCCUCACAAAAUUAAGUCUGGGAAAGUCUGCAUCAACCCUGCAUGGAACAAGAUGGGAGAUAUUUGUGACUUGACCGAGAGGAUGAGUUUUGAAUCCGUCUUCAUCACAGUCCUGUACUCGUUGGCAUUUGUUGUGGGUAUUCUGGGAAAUGGAUUGCUGCUGGGAGUCCUGUUUCAGAGCAGGAAGACCUGGAGCGUGACAGACACCUUCAUCCUUCACCUGGGGAUUGCAGAUAACCUCAUGCUGGUGACUCUGCCCCUCUGGGCUGCACAGUCUGCUAAUGAGAAAGGAUGGACUUUUGAUAACUCACUCUGCAAAAUUUCUGGAACUAUCAACGUCUACUGUCGGAUUUUUCUCCUGGCCUGCAUCAGUUUGGACCGUUACCUGUCCAUUGUCCACGCUACUCAGAUGUACACUCGCAGGAAGGCCUGGGUCGUUCAGGCCAGCUGCUUGAUGGUGUGGUUGCUGUCUAUGCUCCUCUCCAUCCCUGACUGGAUCUUUUUAGAAGUUGUGACAGAUGUCAGACAAAAGAGAGACGAGUGUGUUUGCAAUUAUUAUAAAUUUGGUCUCCAGUACUCUUCCACCUUAAAACUAGCAGCACGAGGUUUGUACCACGCAGUGGGCUUUCUGCUCCCUUCAGCUGUCCUGGUCUUCUGCUACUCCUGCAUCCUGUGGCAGCUGUGGUGUGGCACCCAAGGCCUCCAAAAGCAGAGAGCUUUCAAAGUCAUUAUAGCUGUGGUGGCAGUUUUCUUUAUCUGCUGGACUCCAUACAAUAUCACACUCAUGGUGGAUACAGUUCAGCAAGACGACGGUAGUACUUCAUGUGAAAUGAACACAUCUCUGGACUACAUAUAUUUUUUAUGCCGGCUUCCAGUUCUAUAUGAAGAACAGGGAAGAGUCCAGCAGUUCUAUUUGCUGCGAGGCAUGUGA